GGAGUGACACUAACGGCAGCCAUUGGUGGAGCAGACAUGCCUGUGGUCAUCACUGUGCUGAAUAGCUACUCUGGAUGGGCUUUGUGCGCAGAAGGGUUCCUUCUCAACAACAACUUGAUGACAAUCGUUGGAGCUUUGAUUGGCUCUUCUGGAGCUAUCCUGUCUUACAUCAUGUGUGUGGCUAUGAAUCGUUCUUUACCAAAUGUCAUUUUGGGUGGAUAUGGUACAACGUCUACAGCUGGAGGAAAGCCCAUGGAAGUGGUUGGAACACAUACAGAAGUUGGGCUUGACCAAGCCAUUGAAAUGAUCAAAGAAGCAAACUCUAUCAUCAUUACACCAGGUUGGGGUUUAUGUGCAGCUAAAGCUCAAUACCCCAUUGCUGACAUGGUGAAAAUGCUGAACGAACAAGGAAAAAAAGUCAGGUUUGGCAUCCAUCCAGUUGCAGGCCGAAUGCCAGGCCAGCUUAAUGUCCUCCUGGCAGAAGCUGGUGUGCCGUAUGACGUUGUCUUGGAAAUGGACGAAAUUAAUGAAGAUUUUCCAGAUACAGAUUUGACGUUGGUCAUUGGUGCUAAUGACACUGUGAAUUCUGCAGCACAGGAAGAUCCCAACUCCAUUAUAGCUGGCAUGCCUGUAUUGGAAGUUUGGAAAUCUAAACAAGUCAUUGUCAUGAAGCGCACCCUUGGAGUCGGAUACGCUGCUGUCGACAAUCCCAUUUUUUAUAAACCAAACACUUCAAUGUUACUUGGAGAUGCAAAGAAAACCUGUGAUGCUUUACAAGCCAAAAUUCGAGAUUCUUUUAGCCAUUAGUGCUUCCGGUCAUUCUAAGGCAUCAUCCAGUGAUAAAGUGUUGUUAUGUACCUUUUAAUUUGAUUGUGUUUAUUGAAGAGCCUGGAAUCCAUGGAAUGUCUAACUGGCUGAUGCCCAUUGUCUGUAUCCUUUGAAAAUGGACUUAUCUCUUGUGUAUAUACAUUGUCAGAAAGAUAAAUAGAAGAACCUAA